AUCCGGUUAACAUGGCGGUUUCGAACAUCAUUUGCUUACGAAUGCAGCUGAUGCGAGAAAAAAUGAGAGACUUUCCCACCUGUCCGAUUGUUCCUCAUCGUCCCUGACCGUAUUAGUUGCUGCGGUACCUCUGUUGUAACGAAGGAAGUAUUUUUGUACAGUUCGGUGCAGCAAUGUGUCGAGGAGGCAAGCUGCUCUGUCUGGCAGCGACACGUAAAUCCGUCGUGUUGGGUUGUUGCCGCAGCUUGGCAGAUGGCUAUUUUAAGCGCUCGCUAACGUAGCCGCCCCGCAUCAAGAUGUUCUCCCGGCUUGCCACCGCAUUUUCCAACGCGGUGGACGCGUUAGCUCCACCGCUGCCGCUGCAUGAGGAGUUCUUGUGGCAUUGGACGGCGAUCAUGAAGUUCUACACUGACCGCAACUCGAACAGCAAGAAACCCAUAGAGCUCACAGGUUUGGCCGGACGCCUCGAAGAAAUGUCGAAGAUAUUAGACCAAGAGGAAGCCGAGCUUGGAAGCGAGAACAUGGGGCCGUGUAUGGAGUACUUCUUGCAGCACAAGAUGCUCGAACAAAUGAGCGCGUUGUCAAGAGCGGACACUCCCCCUGGAAUCAAGAAGUGCGUCCUUGUGUUCACCACGCGGCUACUGUCCAACAGCAGACAAGUGUUGCUGCCGCAGAUGGGAAUCUAUACUGCCGUCCAAAAGCUCAUCGGUCUUUGUGGCGAGGUUCUGGCUGCGCCUACGGAACGAGAAGAGGCUGGCUUUCUUAACGUCGUCUGCCAGAAAAUCCGAGCCGACCCCAGCAUCCUCACCUGCUUCUUACCAACAAUGCUUGAAGAGAGGCAUUGCACGUCCAUUCCAAAUGGAAAGCAACCAGAUGGAGGCUGUGGUGACACGUCUGCAGUGUCGUUCCCCUUACUUCGGGCCUGCCUUACCCUUAUGGAGAGUGCCGACUCUGACGUUUCUACGCUUGCAGCAGAGUGCCUUAUAUUGUGCAUGUCUAAUCUCGGCGACGACGUCGCACGCUACGUGAUCACCAAGUCUAACAUGUGUUCCAGCGUGAUUCUUCACCUAGUCAAGCUCUACUGUGCCAUACCUCACACCUUGAAAGCGGCCGACAUUGAUGAAGCAGUGACUUCUUGGAGCGCCGACGCUGUUACUUCCAGUGGUUCAACGGACCACCAAGUUCUCGCCCCUGGAAAGCGGAAACUUCUUUGCUUCUUUAAGUGGCUUGGCUUCACGGACACCUUGGUUGAACUGUCAAACGCCAUUGUAGGUGCCGAGCUCAGCAAGACAUUCUUGGAAAGCUUCCUACAGGGUCCCCUACUCGACGACUUCACCAAAGCCGAGUCCGAAGAGAGCUUCCUUUUCAUCACUUCACUAGUCACCACUUGCUUGCGCAAUCUUAAUUCGAAAGACUUGGUCGUCACCGUGGGAAGCUUCUUGUUAGGCAACCAGAAGGGAUCCAGUGCUUCACCAAAGGACAUGCUGUUGGAGCGUGGCCGUGAUCCUAACGCUUCUCCCCAGCUUGUGCUUACCACCCUUCAGGCCUUUGAAGAGCUAUUGCAAAGGCCUUCGAAGGAGAUUCUAGAUAGCUUACUGCUUAGCCACCUGGUCAGCCGCAACUACCAAAGUGAUGCUGCUGCCGAAGCUUUCGAUUUCAGUGACGACGACCAAGAGGGAUUGUGCAAUCGUGUCGGUAAGGCAAACAUGAGCGACUUCGAAAUCUCGCCCGGAUCAUCGCCAGUUAGCCGCACGUUUGCACCUGCACAGAUUCAUCGCAUUCUCAAUUGUUUCCUAAUGCUCUUACCCGAUGAAAUAAAGUCGUGCGAGGAGACCGACUCUGGCUACGAUGCGUACAUAUCCGACGCACACCGGCAGUAUCAGGACAUGCUUGCAGUCACCGACGGUUGGGAGUGGCCGAGCGAGCCAGUGAGAGAGGAACUGCCAAGUGCCGAAGAUGACCAGAGCUCGGAUUCGCAGCCCGAGGCCGACAGCCUCCACCACGGCUUCUAUGAAGGUCCCUUUCUGUCCAUGCUACUGGACCGAAUUGAAAACAUGCACAGACAGCCGUACGACGUGAACCUGCUGGUGACCUCCCUCAUCUCGCGGCUGGCCCUGUUUGCACAUCCGAACCUUCACGAGUACCUGUUGAACCCACUGCUGCCUUUGGCUCCCGGGGCGAGAUCGUUGUUCACCGCCCUCCUCAAGGUUGUGGAAGAGAUUCAGGUGGCAGUUCAUGGCAUGGAAAACCUUAAGCGCAAGCUCAUGCUGACACGCAACGCACUUCUCAACGACAGUGGCGACGACUGCGCGCUGGGAGCUGAAUCCGGUGUCUUGGAAGCCAUCAUCGUCCUUGAGGAGUUCUGCAAAGAGCUUGCAGCUGUGGCCUUUGUCAAGUACCAUGCAGCUGCCUAAGUGGCUGGACUGUGGCUUUUGCUCGGUGUAAAAUGGACAAAGAAAGAAUGCCGCAUGAAAAGACAAAAUGUGCAUGAACUUCAAAGAAGGUUUACAUGUUGAUGAUUGAGCCAUGGCUCAAUCUUCGAUGAAACACUUCAGCACUGUGCUUUUUUUCUUUUAAUUUUUUAACUUUUGUGUCACCAGUCAACGAAAGCUGUAGCGAAAGCAUUUACCAUUAAGUAGCUCGAAUAUGUUCGUGACAGUCUUGCUACUCUCGGCAAGUUUUUAAGUUUGCCAGAACUGCAGCACAGCAAAGCAUUAUUUUUCACUGACUGUUGGCGCUGAUGUCAUUUUUAGCUUAAAAGAUUUUUGCAAAAGUAGCAAGGUACCUUCAGUGGCACCUUGAGCAUCUGCAUAUACAACAUAGUGAUGUAUUUCUCUAACGGAAGAUAGCAUUUCUUGUGCUCUUCAUUUUAUCGCAAUGGGAUAUUGUUGCACAGUGCAUAUAUUGUGCUGUCAUUUCGCACAAAAUGUACUGCAGUGUUGUGCCUUCGCAGGGCAUUUGUGAGAGUACUUUAUCCAGGAAAGCGCACAGGGUUUUCAGUGGCAUUGCAGUAUUUUCACUUGUACGACAGAACAGUUACUGGAGUAGACUGCAAUUCUACUGCAGUAGACUAACAUUAUGCGCGUUUAGUUUGCCGAUCUCGAACCCGGGUAUCGAGUAUUUUUUUAGUGAUUCUAGAGAGGGAAUAAAAAUUUUAUUUGGCUUUUAAAAGACAAGGAAGUGAAAAUGACUGAUGCAUGUCACCAUGAGCAUUUUUAAAGUGAUGUAACAAAAAAAGUCACUGUUGCUGUAAAAUAAAGCAAAAAUCGCCGGUUAAUCGUCAUAUUUUCAAAAAUCUACUGUCUGUCAGAUGUUUUUAACAUUUUAUGCUAUAUGAAAGUAUAUGCGACCCUCAUUUUUUGUUUGCCUCA